ACUUCGGGAUCAUAAAACCGGUGAGCUGUCACGGCUGGGAACCGGCUCCUAGUUCUAGGAGGCGUGUAGCCCCCGUCAGCAGCACCGGCCGCCUUGCACCGCAGUGCUGGCACUGCUGCUGGGCCGCCGCCCUGUCCUUGCCCGCCUCUUUCCUCCACCGCCUCGCAGAAAAGGCACAGAUGGCUGCUGAGCUCCGCCCGCCCGUGAGCGCGGCGUUGCCCGCGGGCCGUUUGUCCCGUCAGGCACCGCGGCGGGACCGGAGCGGGGCUGGCGCGAGGCGCGAGCGGCGGUCAGAGGAUCACGUGAUUCGGGCGGCGGGAGAUUCGGGAUCGGCACUGGAGGGAUACGAAGGGAAGUUGCGUUCUGGCAGAGUAUUGUCUCCAUAGGUUCCUGAAUGGCUCCAAUUAAAAUCAGCUAUGUGGUGUCCUUCUCCUCCCAGGACCCCAGGUACCCGGCAGAGAACCUGCUGAGUGAAGAUGGCAUACGGCCCUGGCUUGGCUGCCCUAAAAAGCACAGCAGGCAGCUGAGUGUGGAGCUGCAGCUAGAGAGAGCCAGUCCCAUUGGCUACAUUGACAUUGGGAACUACGGCUGCGCCUUCCUGCAGAUUGAGGUUGGACGCUCCUCAUGGACCUGUGACCAGCCCUAUCUCACCUUGGUGCCCACUGUCACACUGAUGACACCAGCUGACUCGAAGCUGGACCAGAAUCGCUAUGGGGUUCGGAUGUUUAAGGAAGCAGAUUUCUUGGAGCUGACGGUGGGGCAGAAGUGGGACCGCGUGCGGCUCACCUGCAGCCAGCCCUUCAGUCCGUGCAGCCGCUUCGGGCUCUCCUUCAUCCGCCUGCGCACACCACAGGAGCAGGAGCCUGACCCCCCCCGGCCACCCCUGGACGCAGAGGAUGCAGAGCUCUCAGACAGACCCUGUUGCUCCAGCCCUGCCUUUGACCAGACUUCCUUCCCUGAACCAUGCUUGAGAUCCAGGGAGGAGCAGCAGCUGAGGAGCUGCCUGGGGAAGCUGGAAGGGGCUGCCUGGAGCCGCUCUGCCCGGAUGGUGCUGCUGGCGGCACGGAACCAGGCGCUGAGGCCCAGAGCUGGCACGAGCACACUGGAGGCUCACCCGGAGCCGCUCAACAAGGAUGGGGGAGGCCCUGCAGUGCCAGGCUCUGCACUGGAUGUCUUUGCAGUUCCUCCAAGCACCUGCAGGCAGCUGGAAAGGCACUGUGCUCCCAGCCCUGGUGGCAGGGCUCCAGCUGCCACCUCGAGGACACCCAGGGUGAAAGGAAGAGCCCGAGGCCCCCGAGAGAGACGCGUCAGGAGGAGUGACAGGGGCCAGGCCAGCAAUGACGGGGAGACAGGUGUCUGCCCCAUCUGCUCAGGCUGCUUCCUGCUGGAUCUGCUCCCCACGCACGCCUCUCAGUGUGGAGAAGACCCCACCACAGCCUGUCCUUUCUUGUCUCCUGAUGCCUGGGUGUCCUGCCCCAUUUGUCAGCUGCCCUUCAGCAUGGCAGAGGUGGAGCAGCAUGCCAGCAACUGCGGGGAGACACCAGGGGCCCUGUCCUCACCCCAGGGCCUGGAGUAGGACAGCAGAGCUGGGGACAAACCCUGUGUCACCACCUGUGGGGGCUGAACCUGCAGUACUCCAAGGGGCAGAGACACUGGAGCCCUGGACAUUUGUGGCAGGACUUGUGUGAAGAUGGAGAAGGUGCUCCCAGCCCCAUGGUCAGGUUUGGUGGGGUUUGAAGCACUGUAACAGCAGGAGUUGCGACUGGAGAAGAAUUUAAAGGAGAAAAAGAGGAAAGAAAUCUGCGCUGUGACUGCUUGGUGCUACAGCAGAUUCCUUGGGUGAGCAUCCUGCCUUGGGACACCCUGUGUAGUUCAUGGGGACAGUGACAGGACAAGAAGGAGGUCAUACUUUUCCUCCCCUCAGGCCCUGAUAAGGGUUCCAGUGCAUGUGGACUGUAGGAGGAGGAAGCCAGAACCCCCAGAGCAAGUGAAAAAUACACUUUAUUUACAAGUAGAAACAUUUAAAAAUGC